UCUAAUGAGCAAGAUAUGCAAAUAUCCACAAUGCAAAUAUUCUAAUCAGCCGAAAGUGCAACAUUAGAGACCAUGGAGUGGUGGCAUCUGCCAACAGUGAAUAAAAAAUGGGUGUUUGUUUCACUUCACAGUUACUUUUUUUUGCCAACCGAUAAAAUGACGUAUAGCACAAAAACCUCAGUAGAUACAACACAGACACAGAGAGCACAGUGAGGAAGCCAGGAGCUGCAGCCAUGUUCAAGGAGAACAUCUAUGCAAACACGAGCAACACUACUGACCAGAUCAGGAAGAGGAGCAACACAACUCAAUGUCCAGGAUCUGAGUCUGCAGGGAGACGAGACCACAGACCGGCUGUAGUGUGUCUGGGGCUGCUGUGUUUCCUGCUGCUGACGGCCCUCAUAGUGCUGGUUGUUUACCAUAGCAGAGUUAUUCACCAGGCAGAGACACAGCACAACAACCUGAGAAAAGAGAGAGACCAGCUACUGCUGAAUUACAGCCUGCAGACUGCAGAGAGAGACCAGCUACUGCUCAAUUACAGCCUGCAGACUGCAGAAAGAGAGUUUGAUGAAUACAAAAAGAAUCAUGUCUGUCCAUCUGGCUGGAGGAGACUCAGCACAAGCUGCUACUACAUUUCCACUGAGAAGAAGAACUGGAAUGACAGCCGACAGGCCUGUAUGCAGUCAGGAGCCGACCUGGCGAUCAUCAGCUGCAGAGAGGAGCAGAUCUUUCUUGAAGGUCUGUCUGGAUAUUUCUGGAUUGGUCUCAGUGAGAGAGAGAGAGAAGGAACCUGGAAAUGGGUGGAUGGAACAACAUUUCCUGUAGAUGAAGGGUACUGGGCAUCAAAGCAGCCUGAUAACUUCAAGGGAAAAGAAGACUGUGUGGAGUUCAGUACCGCAAAUUCUGUUCCUUUUCAGAGGUGGAACGACCGUCCAUGUGAUGAUGUUAUACAAUGGAUUUGUGAAUCCGUAACCAAGUGUUAACCCACAAAUUGAGAGUCUCUCCAUCACUCACUGUUAUUAUAGAUUGACAGUCAGGGUGAAAUGUUUAUUUUCAUUGCUGUCGAGAAGAAGUAGGUUAAUCUCAGCUCUUCUGCAGCAAGAAGAAAAGUUUUUUUUAAAUGUUUUCCGUUAUAUCCUAUAAUACUCAUGCUUUUUAUUCAAAUUUAAUAUUGUAGAUCAUGGUUUGAGUGAUUAUUCAUAUUAUUCAUAUGUUGCCAUUGUCAUUUAUAUUUUUUUAGAACUUUUUAUACUCACUUAACCCUUUACCUGCUGCACCGACCUCUUAUUGUGUAGCAUCCUCUUCUGCUUCUACAUGCAGUUUAUCAUAUGACAGCUCACAGGUUCAGAGACGCCUUUCUGCACGUUACUGCUGUACUGAGCGGUUAUUUCUGUGCUGAGCUGUGACCUUCCUCUUAGCAUUAAUGAGUUGACUCUUAGUCAUUUUUUACUUUUUAUAACUUUACCCCCAGUUUCUCUUCUUCUUUUUUGUAACAGAAGCUUGGGGCUUACAGCCAAUCAACAUGUCAACAACCAACACCUUCUGUUUCCCCCCACCCCUACAUAAACACCCACCCGCAUUUGGUACACAGCUCUCUUUUUUUCUCUGUGCAACAUCCGGUCCAUAUAUAAACUACAUUUAAUCAGUUUUGUUCCUCACAUGGUUGUAAAUUGCAUAAUAAAUGAAAUAAAAUAAAAUAAAAUAACAACCUAAAUAACCUCUGUCUCUUUCCUGACAAAACCACAGUCAGAGAUAUUGUGCCAAAGUCUGGGUCACAUUAAGUCCAGCUGUUCUCCUUUGUCCUUCCUCAUUAACACAGUGUACCUACUUCCACGCAUCUAUCUCCCAUAAUACAGGGUGG